AUGGAAACUGACAAUAUUGAUGAUGCAGUAAGCAGCAAGUUUGUUCCAAAUAGAGUGGUCCAUCUUGAUUUGAAAGGGUCUCCUCCAAAAAUCAAUUACCUCCUUAGAAUGAUACCUUUAUUUAGGCAGUGGGGUGCAAAUGGUUUAUUAGUAGAAUAUGAAGAUAUGUUUCCAUACAGAAAUGAUCUUUCAGUUUGUUCAAAAGAAAUUGCAUACUCAAGUGAAGAUAUUAGAUCAAUACAGGAUUUGGCAAAAGCAGAAGGAAUGAAAUACAUACCUUUGCUACAAUCUUUCGGGCAUCUUGAAUUUAUUCUAAAAAAAAAGCAGUAUGCACAUUUGAGAGAAUCAAAUAUGAACCCAGGAUCAUUGUGUCCAACACAUAAAGAAUCAUUAUCACUUAUAGAAGAAAUUGUGGAUCAGUUUAUUGAGGAACACUCAGAUAUUGAAUAUCUACAUAUCGGAGGUGAUGAAGUUUUUUGUAUAGGUAUGUGCAAGGAGUGUUUAGAAAGUAACCAAUUACAAAAACAACUUUAUUUAAGUCAUAUGAUGCCACUUAUUAAGCUCAUUAAAUCAAAGCAUCCAAGUGUUGAAUUAAUCAUUUGGGAUGAUAUGAUUAGAGAAUUUAGUAUUUCAGAGUUAGAGCAGCUUACCCCAGUAAUCCCUAUGGUUUGGUCCUAUGUAGAUGAUUUAUAUGACCAGUUUCCUCAUGGGAUGUGGCAAUCCUAUAGUGAUGUUUUUGAUGAAAUUUGGAUAGCAAGUUCUUUUAAAGGUUCAUCAGGUCCAAUAUGUGACAUUCCACCAAUUCAACAUCACAUUAAUAAUCAUUUGUCGUGGUUGUACUUGUUAGAAAAUUUAGACAAAAAGAUUAUUACAAAAAUAAGAGGUAUAUCGUUUACAGGCUGGUCUCGAUAUGAUCAUUUUGCUACAUUAUGUGAACUUUUACCUGUUGCAUUUCCUUCUUUAGUUUUGUGUUUACAAGUUUUUAAACAAAAAUGCUUUUCAAAAGAACUUCAUUUAGAUGUUUCCAAACAAUUGGGGUAUGAAAAUAGUAUUCCACUAUCUAAUAACAUUAUUUACGAUUUCAGUUGUGGAAAUUUCCCUGGUUCAGAACUUAUACAUUAUAUAGUUGAAUUAGAGCAUGCAAAACGCCAAUUGGCUAUUGUUGAAGAAAGAAUAGAUGGUUGGGUUGAUAUGUGGCAUGCUGAAAGUAUUAAAGAAUUAAACUUUGGUCAUUUAGCAUAUAUUUCAAAUGUUCUGAAUCAAAUUGUUCAAACUUAUAAUUCUAUUAAGAGUCCUUUGCAAGAAUGCUUGUCUGGAAUUUUUUAUGAAGACACUGUGCAAGAAUUUGUCAAAGUGAAGGUGGAUGCAAAACUAAAAAAAUGCAUUAACCUUAUUUCAAAUGUUGAAGAUGCUAAAAGAAUUUGUUUAUUUGAUAACGAUAUAACUGAAGGAUUAGAUGAUUCAUAG